ACCGCCCCUUCCCCUCUGCAGCGGCUGCUUGCCGCCUCCACAGACGCCCAUGGUUCAUUGCCCACCAGGCCCCCGCCUGCCCCAGCAUCCCCUGCGCGCCGAGAAGCUGCCCCGGGGAGCCCGGCCAGCAUGCCGCCUCCUCUCCUUCUCCUCUUCCUCCUCUUCCUCAGCCUGGUGGGAGUCAGUCCCCAGAAGCCACUGCUGGUGGAGACAGAAGAGGGAGCCAAUGCCAUACUGCCGUGCCUUGGGAAUCCCUCUGGUGAUCCCCCUGAGCAGCUGACCUGGUAUCGGGGGUCUCUGUCAACACCUUUCUUAAACCUGAGCCUGGGGUCACAAGACCUGGGCAUCCAGGUGGGGCCCCUGGGCAUCCUGCUGCUCCUCUUCAACGUCUCUGACCAGAUGGGGGGCUUCUACCUGUGCCAGUCAGGGCCCCCCUCCAAGAUGGCCUGGCAGCCUGGCUGGACGGUCAGCGUGAAGGGCAGCGAGGAGCUGUUCCGGUGGAAUGCUUCCGACCUCGCUGACCCUCGCUGUGACCUGGAGAACAGGUCCUCAGAGGCCCCCAGGCCCUCCUCAGGCUACCCCCCCAGCUCCCAGCUGUAUGUAUGGGCCAAAGACAAACCCGAGAUCUGGGAGACAGAGCCUGCCUGUGUCCCAUCUAGGGGCGGAUUGAACCAGAGCCUCACCCAAGACCUCAUUGCAGCUCCUGGCUCCACCCUCUGGCUGUCCUGUGGGGUGUCCCCUGCCUCUGUGGCCAGAGGCCCCAUCUCCUGGACCCGUGUGCACCCGAAGAAGCCUAACAUCUCAUUGCUGAAGCUAGACCUGAAGGAGGAUCACCCUGCCAGGGAUAUGUGGGUCCUAGGGGCCCUCAAAGGAGGGGCUGUUCUGUUGCUGCCCCAGGCCACAGCUCAAGAUGCUGGUACCUAUUAUUGUCACUAUGGCAACCUGACCAUCGAGAUGCAUGUGAAGGUCACAGCCCGGUCAGUACUGCGCUGGCUGCUGAGGACUCGUGGCUGGAUAGUCCCAGUCGUGACUUUGGUUUAUCUCAUCUUCUGCCUGAGCUCCCUGUGUGGCUUUCUUCAUCUUCAAAGAGCCCUGAAACAGAGGAGGAAAAGAAAGCGAAUGACUGACCCCACCAGGAGGUUCUUCAAAGUGACACCUCCAGGAAACGGGGCCCAGAACCAGUACGGGAACGUGCUAUCCCUUCCCACGCCCACCUCCGGCACCGGACGUGCCCUGCGCUGGGCGGCAGGCCUAGGGGGCACCACCCUGUCCUACGGAAACCCGCGCAGCGAUGUCCAGGAGGCUGGAGCCGCGGGAUCCGGGAGCGCGCCAGGAGAGGAAGUGGACGGGGAGGCCUAUGAAGAGCCGGACAGUGAGGAGGGUUCUGAGUUCUACGAGAACGACUCCAACCUGGGGCAGGACCAACUCUCCCAGGAUGGCAGUGGCUAUGAGAACCCCGAGGACGGGCCCGUGGAUCCUGAGGAUGAAGACUCCUUCUCCAACGCCGCUGAGUCUUAUGAGAACGAGGAUGAAGAGUUGGCCCAGCCAGUCUUCAAGACAAUAGACUUCCUGAGCCCCCAUGGGUCUACCUGGGACCCCAGCCGGGAAGCAACCUCCCUUGGGUCCCAGUCCUAUGAGGAUAUGAGAGGGAUCCUGUAUGCAGCCCCCCAGCUCCUCUCGCUGCGAGGCCAGCCCGGUCCCAGUCAUGAGGAAGAUGCAGACUCUUAUGAGAACAUGGAUAAUCCUGAGGGACUGGAACCAGCAUGGGGAGGAGCGGACCACAUGGGGACCUGGAGCACCAGGUAACCCGCAGUGAGCAGGUGGCACAGAGGUUAAGGCAGCUGAAUCCCACAGAGCUGACAGCAUGGUUGGAGUCUCAGACC